AUGGCUGAUGCCGCGAAGCCCCAGAGCCAGGGGGAGUUCAUCCUCUACACGACCCUCAAAAUUAUCGGCGUGCUUGCCUCGAUCUACUUCUUCUUGAUGGGAUUGGACAUGAUGGGCAGCUCCUUCCUUGUGCUGGGAGGCAAAGGUGCUGGUGACCUGUUUACUAUUGUGGACAAUCCCAUUACGGGUUUGAUGGUCGGCAUCUUGGCGACGGUCCUGGUUCAGUCUUCCUCCACGAGCACCUCGAUCGUGGUUGGCUUGGUUGGUGCCGGCCAGGUUUCCGUGAAGUACGCGAUUCCCAUCAUAAUGGGUGCCAACAUCGGCACAUCCGUGACAAACACCAUUGUGUCCAUGGCACAUGCCGGUGAGCGUCUUGAGCUUGAGCGUGCCUUUUCCGGUGCCACAGUUCAUGACAUGUUCAACUUCCUCAGUGUCCUCGUCAUGCUGCCAGAGGAGGUCAUCAUCGGAGCCAUUACCGGGGAUGGUGGGAUCUUGUAUUACAUCUCAAAGGGCAUCACAGAGGCCGUUGUCGGACCGGAAGCAGAUGUCACAUUUACUUCUCCGACCAAAUUCAUCGUUUCCCCUUUGACCGAUGUUUUUGUGGACCCGAACAAGGAUGUGACGAAGUCGCUUUCUAUGGGUGCACCCAAGGCCCAAGCCAUGCCGACUGGCCUAACGGGAAGCUGCCCGAGCACCAUGGACUGCAGCAACUACUUCUGCGUUUCCUCGUCCAUGAGCAAGAACUGGAAGAAGGUCGACAAGGACGCCUAUGCCGCCCUGGCAGAGUGCAGCACCUACUUCCCGCUCUUGAACCACGGCUGCGGUUCGGACACGUGCUACUUGGAAGCUGACAAGUUCUAUGUGCAGUCCAUCGAGGGUGGCACUAUCUUGGACGAAGGUGCCUUUUCUGGCAUGGGUGAUGUUGCCGGCGGCAUCGUGGGGUUGAUCUUCUCGCUGAUCAUCGUCACCGGCACCCUGUUCUGUUUGGUGAAGCUCCUGCACAGUCUCAUCAUGGGCACGGCAAAGAAGGUGAUCAUGCGUGCCACGAACAUGAACGACUAUGUGGCAAUCCUGGUUGGCCUUGGCAUCACGUUCAUCGUGCAGUCCAGCUCUGUGACGACUUCCACCCUGACUCCGCUCUGCGGGGUUGGCGUGCUACCCGUGCACAAAAUGUUCCCGAUGACUCUCGGGGCCAACAUCGGUACGACAUUUACCUCAAUGUUGGCCGCCAUCGCGGUCAUGAAGCCAGACAGCUUGCAGAUCGCCUUCGUCCAUUUGCUCUUCAACAUUUUCGGUAUCCUGAUUUGGUUUCCAGUACCUUUCAUGCGCCGAAUCCCCAUCAAGGCCGCCUGCCUGCUGGGCUUCUAUGCCUCCUACUGGCGCCUGGUGCCCCUGAUUUACAUCCUGGUGAUGUUUGUGGCUUUGCCUGGUGUGUCCCUGGCCAUCUCAUUGCUUUAUGGAGCCAGCAUUGCCGGCGGCAUCGUCGUCACGCUGCUGGCCCUUGGUGCCGUGGCCGGCUUCAUUGCUUGGUGGUGGAUGGGCGGCUGCUACAAGGCACCAGAAGGGGUGGUCUCCAAGGAGCUACGCGAGGAGCGCGCGGCGGAGAUUGCGGCCGAGAUGGGGGAAGCCGAGAAGCCGCAGGAGACGAGGCAGCUGGCGAGACUGCAGAGACUGCAGUCUAGGCUCAGACAGUUCAAGAAGGAGGAGCUCUCCGGCUGCUUUACGAAGGCGGGUGUCUCGGCAUUUUCCAGUGGGCUUGCUCUGUGCCUGAACCGACGCACGGACGCACUUGCUGUCACAUUCGUUGCUUUUUCCCAGUGCAGUCUUGCAUUCUUGGUUUCAGACUUGGCAUUCGUCUUGCCCCGCGUUCAGAACAAGUCUCCGUCCCGGGGUCACGACAUGCUUCAUGCCAUUGAACAGGGUUGCCGGCGUGCUGGCGGUAACCUUGGCUCCCAGCACGUGCUCGUUUGCGGACCUGGCGAGACCAAGUGUGGUGCCAUGCCGCUAACACUCUGGUCACCGGAUCAUGCAGUUGCCUGGAGGACUAGGACCAUUCAGGUAUUCUGCGUUGUCAACAACGUCAUGUGGGCCAACUCUGGAGACCUGCGCUGCUUGGGCGACCUUGUCACGGCGCCAGCCCUCUGUGCAGAGGGUAUGCAAAUGGUUCAGCGCCAUAGCCAUAGCCAACAGCUAGCCAACGGCAGCAAGGCAAACGCGGGCGGCGCAGGAUAUUUCGGAUCAAACUGUGGAAAGCCAGCGCCUCCCAGCACAACAGCUCUUGCCACCAUGGCUGAUGCCGCGAAGCCCCAGAGCCAGGGGGAGUUCAUCCUCUACACGACCCUCAAAAUUAUCGGCGUGCUUGCCUCGAUCUACUUCUUCUUGAUGGGAUUGGACAUGAUGGGCAGCUCCUUCCUUGUACUGGGAGGCAAAGGUGCUGGUGACCUGUUUACUAUUGUGGACAAUCCCAUUACGGGUUUGAUGGUCGGCAUCUUGGCGACGGUCCUGGUUCAGUCUUCCUCCACGAGCACCUCGAUCGUGGUUGGCUUGGUUGGUGCCGGCCAGGUUUCCGUGAAGUACGCGAUUCCCAUCAUAAUGGGUGCCAACAUCGGCACAUCCGUGACAAACACCAUUGUGUCCAUGGCACAUGCCGGUGAGCGUCUUGAGCUUGAGCGUGCCUUUUCCGGUGCCACAGUUCAUGACAUGUUCAACUUCCUCAGUGUCCUCGUCAUGCUGCCAGAGGAGGUCAUCAUCGGAGCCAUUACCGGGGAUGGUGGGAUCUUGUAUUACAUCUCAAAGGGCAUCACAGAGGCCGUUGUCGGACCGGAAGCAGAUGUCACAUUUACUUCUCCGACCAAAUUCAUCGUUUCCCCUUUGACCGAUGUUUUUGUGGACCCGAACAAGGAUGUGACGAAGUCGCUUUCUAUGGGUGCACCCAAGGCCCAAGCCAUGCCGACUGGCCUAACGGGAAGCUGCCCGAGCACCAUGGACUGCAGCAACUACUUCUGCGUUUCCUCGUCCAUGAGCAAGAACUGGAAGAAGGUCGACAAGGACGCCUAUGCCGCCCUGGCAGAGUGCAGCACCUACUUCCCGCUCUUGAAACACGGCUGCGGUUCGGACACGUGCUACUUGGAAGCUGACAAGUUCUAUGUGCAGUCCAUCGAGGGUGGCACUAUCUUGGACGAAGGUGCCUUUUCUGGCAUGGGUGAUGUUGCCGGCGGCAUCGUGGGGUUGAUCUUCUCGCUGAUCAUCGUCACCGGCACCCUGUUCUGUUUGGUUAAGCUCCUGCACAGUCUCAUCAUGGGCACGGCAAAGAAGGUGAUCAUGCGUGCCACGAACAUGAACGACUAUGUGGCAAUCCUGGUUGGCCUUGGCAUCACGUUCAUCGUGCAGUCCAGCUCUGUGACGACUUCCACCCUGACUCCGCUCUGCGGGGUUGGCGUGCUACCCGUGCACAAAAUGUUCCCGAUGACUCUCGGGGCCAACAUCGGUACGACAUUUACCUCAAUGUUGGCCGCCAUCGCGGUCAUGAAGCCAGACAGCUUGCAGAUCGCCUUCGUCCAUUUGCUCUUCAACAUUUUCGGUAUCCUGAUUUGGUUUCCAGUACCUUUCAUGCGCCGAAUCCCCAUCAAGGCCGCCUGCCUGCUGGGCUUCUAUGCCUCCUACUGGCGCCUGGUGCCCCUGAUUUACAUCCUGGUGAUGUUUGUGGCUUUGCCUGGUGUGUCCCUGGCCAUCUCAUUGCUUUAUGGAGCCAGCAUUGCCGGCGGCAUCGUCGUCACGCUGCUGGCCCUUGGUGCCGUGGCCGGCUUCAUUGCUUGGUGGUGGAUGGGCGGCUGCUACAAGGCACCAGAAGGGGUGGUCUCCAAGGAGCUACGCGAGGAGCGCGCGGCGGAGAUUGCGGCCGAGAUGGGGGAAGCCGAGAAGCCGCAGGAGACGUUACGAGUCUGA